UGUUUCCCCCCAAUUUCUCCCCAUUUCUCCCAAUUUUCAGUUUCCCCCAUUUCUCUCUCCCUCCCCCCACCGACCGAACGCCGGCCACCAACCCGCUGACGAGCGCCGCCCAGCAGACCGAUCGCCGCCCAGGAGAAAUUCUAUUGUUUCGUUCUAGAGCUUCUGAGAUAUCGUGUUUUGUGGUAGAGUUUCUGAGUUAUCCUGUGGUUACCCACCACCAGCAGAAGCAACUUUCGGCCACCCCAACUCCCCCUCCGGUUACAGAAUCUUGGAGCGAUCACCGGAGCUAGGAUCUAGGAGUUAGUCCCUCUGGGCUCGAUACCCAUCGAAAAAGUUAAGAUGGACUUAUCACAACCGGCCUUGAUUUCACAAUGCGAAGAUGAACGUUCGUUGACACAUAAACAAAUUGAUGAUGUUGUGCCCAUUGAAAUGGACCCUCAAAAUGAUGGAAAUGAAACUGUAGCUGAUAAACAAUUGAAAGAUAGUUUGGUCAAUUGUCGUUCCAAGCACAAGCUCAUAGAUGAAGAUAAAAAUGUUAAGGAACCUAAGGACGGUAUGCUAUUUGGCUCCAUAGAGGAACUUCUUGAAUAUUACAGAAAUUAUGCAAAGCAAAAGGGUUUUGGUGUGGUACAGAAGAAGAAAAAAAAGUAUGAAAAUGGAGAUGUACAUUACAUCACUCUAACAUGUGCUCGUCAAGGCAACGCAUCAUCUAGCUCAAGUAAUAGCCUUUGUAAGCCUAGUAAAACAAGCAAAACGGGGUGUAAGGCUACUUUGAGUGCAACGUUGGUGGGUACAAUGUGGUAUGUGACUAAUGUAAAUCUAGGGCAUAAUCACGAUUUAAGCCCAGGUAAAGCGAGAUAUAUUAGAUGCCACAAGAAGUUGGAUCCUGCUACAAAGAGAAAGCUUGAUAUAGAUGAUAGAGUUGGAAUUCGUACGAAUAAGGUCUAUAACUCGCUAGCCGUUGAAGCGGGGGGAUACGAAAAUCUUACAUUUGGAGAGAAAGAGUGUCGCAAUUAUAUUGCGAACUCAAGACGUCUUCGCCUUGGCACAGGAGGUGCUGCAGCACUUCGUGACUUCUUCGAUAGAAUGCGGAAAGUGAAUAAUGAUUUCUAUUUUGAUAUGGAUGUGGAUGAUGAGUUUAGGCUGAAAAAUGUGUUUUGGGCUGAUGCUCGAAGUAGGGCAUUGUAUGAAGAUUUCGGUGAUGUGGUUACAUUUGACACAACAUACUUAACCAACAAAUAUGAAAUGCCAUUUGCCCCAUUUGUAGGAGUAAAUCAUCAUGGUCAAUCAAUUCUUUUUGGAGCUGCAUUAAUUUCAAGUGAAGAUACAACGACAUUUGUUUGGUUGUUUGAGGCAUGGUUGAAAUGCAUGAAGGGCCGUGCGCCAAGGGCAAUUAUUACAGAUCAAGAUAAAGCUAUGAAAAAUGCAAUUAAUAAGGUUUUUCCGAAUGCCCGACAUAGAUUUUGUUUAUGGCACAUACUGAAAAAACUUCCAGAAAAAUUUGGAUCGCAUUCACAGUACAAUGCCAUUAAGAGUGCCAUACAAAAUUGUGUGUAUAAUUCUCAAACAUGUGGUGAGUUUGAUGCAAGUUGGCAGAGUCUACUUGAGUGUUAUAAUCUGGAGGAGAAUGCAUGGUUGCGUGAUUUAUACAGUGAACGGACUUUCUGGGUACCGGCAUAUUUGAAUGGUGUAUUUUGGGCCGGCAUGACUACCCCACAACAUAGUGAGAGUUUGAAUGCAUUUUUUGAUGAUUAUGUGCACUCGUCCACCUCAUUGAAGGAAUUUUUGGAUCAAUACGAUAACGCUUUGCUUAAAAAAGUUGAGGUUGAAAAUGUUGCUGAUUUCGAUUCUUUUCAUACCACGAUUUCAUGUGUAAGUAGGUUUCCCUUUGAGAAGCAAUUUCAAAAAAUUUACACCCAUGCAAAGUUCAAAGAAGUUCAAAAGGAGAUUUCAGAGGUUAUGUAUUGUGGUUGCUCUCGUUUAGAAAGUGAAGGUGGAAUUAGUACCUAUCAGGUGAUUGAACGGGUAGAAAUUAAUGAUUCCUACAUGAAGAAAGUAUGCUUUACUGUUUACUAUAAUGACCUUUCAUGUGAAGUGAACUGCCAUUGUUAUUUGUUUGAAUCAAGAGGAAUUUUGUGCAGACAUGUUAUAUCCGUACUGACUACAUGUGAAGAUGUGGAAUUGUUGCCCGGUAAAUAUUUUCUAAACCGAUGGAGGAAGGAUUUGGAGCGGCCAUAUAAGUUAAUCAAAAAUAGUUAUGAUCCCUUGAGUGGCAACCCUAUUGCAGAUCGAUAUGCUGAAUUGAGCACAAAUAUGCUGAAGUUAGCCGCAAUCGCAGCACCAAACGUGGACCAUUGCACGGAAGUGCAAAAUUAUGUUGAUAAGCUAACUAAGAAAUUAAGUGGUCUAAGAUGUGAACAAAGUUCACAUUCCCAAUCACUUCCAAGUGCAAAAUCGCUCCCAAGUGCAUCUAUGACCGGGUGAACCAAGUUUCCAUAUGUUUGGAUUCAUAAUGUGCAUUGCAGCUGCGGCUGCACGGGCGCUCAAAUCAGUGCUACAAGGGCUUUUGCUCUCCUCUGAAGGGGAGAAGCUGAAUUCUAUGAACCUCCUUCUAUACAUGGCUCCAAUAGCUGUGGUCUUUCUGCUACCCGCAAUGCUUAUUAUGGAGGAAAAUGUGGUUGGCAUCACCCUGGCUCUUGCUAGAGAUGAUGUCAAGAUCAUCUGGUAUUUAUUAUUUAAUUCGUCGCUGGCAUACUUUGUAAAUCUGACCAAUUUUUUGGUCACAAAACACACCAGUGCUCUCACUCUCCAGGUACUACAGUAAAGCCAAGAAACGAAGCAAAUGAGGUCAUUCUGGAGAGCAUUAAAUAUUUUGUUUUUCUAAAGGGUGGCAGCUUCAACCCAUGUGGAGGCAAGUUUGGAGCACAUGCCAGCAGUUGUGGCGUGGGUUUUGCCCUCUAAAUUCUAUUUUUUGCCCGGAAGCCUCACAGAUUGGCUUCCACUUGUAUCAGCAACUACUCAGGAUUAGCCAACAAGUAGAAAGGUUCAGUAAGUGACCGGAUAUGCCUCUAUUAUUCCCAGCUUGGGGUUUUGGAGGAAUGUCUUUUCUUUUUUCUUUUUUAUUAUUAUUUUUUAUUCUUUCAUGAAAGGAUUGUAGAAUUGGGUCUCUACACAAUCAGUCUGUUAUUAACAUUUCUUAUAUUGAUUAAUUAAUGAAAAACACCCAUAAUCUUACCAUUCUAUGCUUUA